GUUUUUCACAAGUAAAAGUCACAAGAAAGACAGUCAUAGUUAGUUAUAAAAGAAUAACAAGACAGAUAAUAGUUUAUACAGUUUUGAGGCAACGUACGCAAAGCCAUGGAUAAACACUUGUUCAAUUUAAAGUUUGCCGCUAAAGAUUUGGAAAGAAAUGCUGUCAAGUCAGAGAAGUCGGAAAAGACAGAAAAAGUAAAGCUGAAAAAGGCAAUACAAAAGGGCAACACGGAGGGAGCUAAGAUUCACGCUGAAAAUGCUAUUCGUCAAAAGAACCAGGCUCUAACGUACAGACGCAUGAGUGCAAGAAUCGAUGCAGUAGCUUCCCGGGUUCAGACAGCCCUGACAACAAAACAAGUCACACAGUCAAUGGCUGGGGUAGUGAAGUCCAUGGAGUCAGCCAUGAAAUCUAUGAAUCUUGAAAAGGUGGCACAAUUAAUGGACAGAUUUGAGCAGUCUUUUGAGAACCUUGACGUGCAGUCUACAGUAAUGGAGAACACAAUGGCCAACACAUCAACACUGACCACCCCACAGGGAGAGGUGGAUAGUCUCAUGCAGCAAGUCGCAGAUGAAGCAGGUUUGGACUUGAAUAUGGAUCUGCCUCAGGCCCAAGGAACAACAAUCGGGGCAUCUGCGUCCACACAGGCAUCUCAAGAACAGGAUGAACUAACAAGUAGACUGGCAAAACUUAGACAAAUGUGAAAUUGGACUGUUUAGUCAUGUAUUUACUCUGUGAAUGUGGAGACUUGAGGGAACUGUUUGGAAGAUAAUAGUGCAGCAAUAGUUAAGAGAACAAGUCAUCAGUUCCGACAUCAAAAUUGUAGGCGUUGCUAUACAUUUAAACUAGUCAAUAUUUCAAAAAUCCAAAAAGGGUUUCAUGUUGAUAAAUUAUAAGAGCCACAGAGUUGCAUUUAGAUAAAAUUAUAAAAACCUAAAACACAAGUUCACUUACAUUAAUAAUGUAUAAAGUAAUAAAACCAAGACUUACACUGUUGCUGUAUUAUAGAUGGUAAAACACAGUGUUUUUGUUUUUGCUUGGAUUAUUUUAAUGGCAUACGUCGUAACAGCAUUCAUAAAUUUGUGUGAAGUAACUAUGACCAAUUCCAUUUAAGAUGCAUGUGCAUGACAACACAUUAUAUGACAUCAAAGUCAAUGUGCAUGUUCAUAUAUCUGUGAUACUUCACUAAUUUUGUUCUUUCAUGACAUUUUUUACCAGGAAAUAUCUGGAAGGAAAAAACGGAAUGUUUUAUUUAAUGAUGCACUCAACACCUUUUAAUUAGGUUUAUAUGGAGUCAGACAUAUGGUUAAAGAACACAGAGAUAAUGAGAGAGGAAUCCCUCUGCCACCACUCAAUGGGCUACUCUUUUCGAUUAGCAGCAAGGGAUCUUUUAUAUGCAGCAUUCCACAGACAAGAUAGUACAUACCACGGGCCUUUGUUACACCAGUUGUGGAUCACUGGCCUGAAAAUAUCUAGUAAUACUGUAAUGAUAAUCUUGUGGGGGGUUUUUCAAGAAAAGCAGGUGUGUAGAAAAUGUCUUAGACUGUUGACAGAUUGUAGUAGGGUUUGUAACUUGUACUGUGAAUACAUCAUAGUAGUGACAGAUGAUGAAGAUUAUUGUAUUUUAGUACUGGUAUAGCAUUUAAGGAAGAGCUGUAAUAUAGUUGUCUGCUAUCUAGAGUCACAAAUUCUCUAGUGUGCCCAAUUUCAGGAAUUGCAGAAAUGUGGAAAUCCACCCUUUUCGAAAUAUUUCUGUGCAAAAACAUUAUUUUCACAUUUUGUAGCAGCAAAUGUAAACCCUUUUGCAGUGUUAAUAUCACAAACAUAUUUAUGUUCAGUGUGGUGUUAAAAAAUGCUAGUGAGCCUGAUUUUAUACUUAACUUUAAUUUAGCAAGUGCUCAUGAUAAAACAUAUGUACUGAAUGCAGCUCUCCCUUAUAUUUCUUUAUGAAAGCCUCGCUGGCAAACGGUUUCUUGGUCUAUGCAACAGCAUUUCAGUCUGCAAACUUUUUUUUUCAAAAGUGGCUAAUCAAACCAACAGAAAUGCUAUAAUAUGAGUUUCAUAUUCAACAAGUUCUCUGACACUACAGAUACGAUUUUAUAAACUGAUUAAUAUGUAUUAAAACUAAAACAUGACCUGUAAUUGAUACAUAAAAUAAUACUUGUUCACUGCAUAACAUGUUCACUGUUGCCAUGAUGUAUAGUGUGUCAUCUUCAUGAGAAACAUAUUGUUUUUUGUCUUUGACAACAUUUCAUAUUGAUAGUUUUGUUAUGCCAAACCUGAAAGUACACAUUGUACAACAACAAAAAAGGUAUAUACAUGUAUUAUGUAUUUCAGUAUAGUGAUUGAGACAUACUUGUACUGUGUUUAUAUUGUGUACACUCAUCAAUAUUUAUGACUGUAUCUGUAUUCAAAUGACCCAUCGGUAAUGGGACAGGACAAUCGUAACACAUUGUGUUGACAUGUCCAGUUAAACCUGUAUUAAGCAGCCACUUGAAUAAAAAUUUAAAAAGUGUUAACUAAUGGCUACUUAGUACAGGUCUGUUUGUCCUAUAUUAGAUUUAGGAAAAUAUUGUUGCCUUGUAAAACAGUUGGCCAUUUAACACAGGUGACCGUUUCAACAGGGUUGACUAUACAUAUAGUUGAUUACCAUAUUAUUUUACUAUUUUAGCAACUGUUACUUCAAUACAACUCUUGAAACAACACACACUAAUUAAAGUAUUGAUUAUGUGUAUUGUUUUAAUUACCAAGUGCAAAUGUAUGGUAUUUCAGGCAUGUAGGUCCCGAUAUAUGUAAUCUGAUUAAAAUUAUCUCUACUGGGGUCUAUCAGUACAUCUAACAGCAUUGCAUGGACUCCCAUAUCCAGGUGACAUUUCAUCUGUAAAUAACAAUUUAAAUAUAGACCAAUUACACUUCACCU